CAGGGAGUGGUAUUGGCGAAAAUUCCUUUGGAAAUUUUCGCCCCCAAUCACUAGAAAAUUAACCGAGUUUCAUUGAGUGAGGUUGAAUAUUCUAAAGUCCUUGUUAUGAUCCUCAACAUAAACUCUACAAUCAACAAUGGGUGGCCUAUGCAGUCGACUUGAUCCACAGGUUAGUCAAAAUACCUUCUUCUUAACACUAUGCCACUUAACUAACAUCUACAAUAGCAGGUAGAGAUCUAUCAACGGAGUAUUUCAGAUUUUAUUUGUAUAAUAAAAGAAAAAGAUGCGGUAAGUAACUGGUGUUGUCAGGGGCAAUCGCAAACUGAUGGCUGUUGUUGAGUAGCCAUUAGCACAAUUGAUCGAAGGGCUAGCUCAACAAGACAACAUAGAAGUAUCUGGACCGAAAUUGAAAAAGAUAUUACGACAUGUUGGCCAGACCAAAGUUCACCCAGCUGGUUCAGCACCGUCUCCUGCGCAGCGGAACAAGAAGGUCUCUAUUUUUGUGGCCAGUUUCCAAGAAUAGCAGUCGUAUAUUCAGAAUUUCAUUGAGAAGAGAUCUUAGGAUUGGUGUAGAGAUUACUCCUCCUUUUGGAGGUAUAGUCAUUGCUUAAAAGGCUUAACACCGAUAAGUAUCCGCUAGCUCUCGAGAUGUAUUGAUAACUUCGAGGACGAAGAGUACGCGAACCAAAUACGACAACGUAUAUCUUUGGUUAUGUUGUCACAGAUUCAAAAGCGGAUUGAGAAUAGGAUUCGCGACUUGAUCAGACAGUCCCGAAAGAGACUACCAUCA